AUGAUAUUCUACGACAACCUCGCUUUGCUCGCUCUGCUCGCUCUGUUAUUCGUGCGACCCCAUCAAAUUUUGGCAGGAGAAGUUCCACAACUUGAUUGGUUGUCACUCCCAAAACAAGAUGAUGGGGUCGAUCCUACCCCCGGGGGGACUCCAACAAAAAAAGUUGGGAAGUCACAUUGA